UCAAGCAUCAUAGACGCUUCUUGAACGUACAUCGGUUUGAGUUUUUGUAGUUUUCAUAGUUCUGUUUUUAAUGUCCGCCACGGUCGAAGGAUUUUCAACGUGUGCAUCGCAGAGCACGGGCACAGUCAACUUGCUAGUCAAUACCCUGCUGCAGGCGUUACUUGCAGCGCAAUGCUCCCUCUCACAUAAGGAUAACUGGGCGGAGGAUUAUGCGGAUCAGGCACUCAAAAACGGCCUGGACACCUAUGAUUUUGUGAUUGUGGGCGCUGGAACUGCAGGAUCUGUGCUAGCUAGUCGACUAAGUGAGAAUCCUGAUUGGAAAAUUUUACUUUUAGAAGCCGGCGGUGAUCCACCACAAGAGUCAGAUAUUCCUGAGCUAUUCUUCGCCAUACAACACUCCAAUUUUACUUGGAACUAUCAAACGGAACAGUCGGACAAGGCUUGUUGGGCUUCAAAAGACAAACGUUGCUAUUGGCCACGAGGUAAGAUCAUUGGCGGUUCGGGCAAUAUCAAUGCGCUGCUGCACAUACCGGGCAAUCCAAAAGACUACAAUAGUUGGCUGCAGCAAGGUAACACCGAUUGGGGUUGGAAUGAUGUUUUACCAAUCUUCGAGCAGAUUACCGGCUCUAAUGGACUUUUAAAAAUAAAAAAAUUCGAGAACGAAGGAUCCGAUGAAGAGUAUAUAGAGAUGAUCACGUCCGGAGCUGAGGAAUUGGGUAUACCACGAGUGGCAGCGAUUACUGAAGGCAGCGAAAUUGGUUACGCCAAACUACCACGUACCAUUUAUGAAGGGCGCCGUACCAGCACAGCAAAGAGUUAUUUGGGUAGGGCUAUGAAGAGAACAAACUUACAUGUCAUAAAAAAUGCACAAGUUACAAAACUGCAUUUCGAUGAGAGUGGCGAGCGACUGCAAUCGGCGAGUUUCAUUUUGAGAGAAAAACAUGAGUUAACAGUAAAUGUUGGCAAGGAGUUAAUACUCUCGGCUGGCGCUAUUGAUUCACCCAAAUUACUGUUGCUUUCAGGUGUGGGACCAGCGCAGCACCUACAGUCGCUGCAUAUACCGCUCGUACAUGAACUGCCUAUAGGUGACAAUUUGCAAGAUCAUCUUUUUACAUUACUAUGCUUUAAAAUGGAAGAGAAUACAGCGACGCACAUUUCGGAAAAAAUGGUUUUAGAUAUCGUCUAUAACUAUCUAAUACACUCUCGUGGUCCGCUCUCCGGCGAUGGCGUUGUAUCUCUAACAGGCUUCAUUAAUACACGUAAUGGUAGCAACGCUCAAUAUCCCGAUAUACAAUUUCUACAUGAGUUCGUGCACCGCGGUGAUUACCUAAGCUUGCGCAUUAUACUUGAUGCCUUCACGUUGAACGAUGUUUAUAUUAAAGCCAUCGAAAAGCAGUUGGAAAGCGCAAAUAUCUUGAUCGUUGUAUCAGUAUUAUCAUACCCGGAGUCGCGGGGGAAACUUCAGCUGCAAAGUGCCAACUACAAAGAUUCACCAAAACUCUAUGCCAAUUAUUUGGAGAAUCCGCUUGACAUGGCAACACUAUUACGUGGUAUUCGCUUUCAAGAAAAGAUGGCACACACCGCCUCCUUUCGCGCACGUGACGCACAACUAUUACAAGUGCCAAUUCCAGAAUGCGAUGCGCUCGUGACUGGGAGUGAUGACUAUUGGCGUUGCUAUGUGAAAUAUUUCACUUUUACUCUGUAUCAUCAAACGGGCACCGUGAAAAUGGGUCCCGACUCAGACAAGACGAGCUGCGUAAAUCCACGUUUAAAGUUAAGAGGUGUGCGGAAUUUGCGUGUGGCAGAUGCAAGUAUUAUGCCACUCAUUCCUAGUGCCAAUACGAAUGCCGCUACGAUAAUGAUUGCUGAACGCGCCGCUGAUUUCAUUAAGAAAGACUGGUUGGGCACGCAGGCAGAGAAGACGGAGGCGCACAAUGAGCUUUAGAUCGUA